UAUAUAACUUGAGAAAUGAAAACAGAGAACAAUUCUCAAUCUACCGCUGUGAUACAAUGGACACUGCUAAGCUCUGGUUUUGUUUUACACUGUUCUGUAUUUGUGGCAGCUGGAUAUCGUGUCUGGAUAUAAACUGUGACUGGGCCACCGAGUAUGAACUUGGAAACACAUGUAUAAAAGCCUGCCCUUUGGGUGAGCAUCCCAAAGAACCAUGGCAAGGGAACAGUGGCAUAGUGUGUGAGAAAUGUCCACCAAACCAUGCUUCGGAAAAGGUCAAAUGUCUCUGUAAUAAUGGUUGGUGCUUAAAUGAAGACUGCAGCAGUUGUGAGAAAAGAAAAAGCUGUACACCUGGACAUAAAAUGAAGAGAUUUGGUGAAUUUGAUUACAAUUACAAAUGUAUGGCAGCAUGUCAAAACUACUCUUACUAUGAUGCUGAGGACAGCACGUGUAAACCCAAUACACAGUGUGUUGGUGUUGUGAUCCCUGGAAACAAGACCAACAAUGCAAGAUGUGUAUCUUCUGGCAAACAAGAAAAUCCAGUCCAGUCUCAUCCGUUCAUGGUGGCCUGUUUAAUAGUCACUGCGUUGACUUGCUUCAUUAUUAUCAUGUAUAUUGCUUUCCAAAUUUACAAAUACAAGAUGCUCCUAAAAUUAAGAAAACCGUGCACACAUGUAUUGCCCUCAGAUACAUGCAGUUGCAAACUUUCCAAGGAGGAAAUGGGUGAUGGAUCUGACUCUAAGACGGAGGGAUCAGAAGAAUAUAGCAAGUGUGACGUCAACAGUUUUCCUUGAAUGUUCUUUGUGAUGUGAAGAACACCCAAUGAACAGACUAUCUACAUAGAACAACAGAAUGGAUUCCAUUUGCAGUAUAACAUCUAUGGUUUGUUACUCUGAAUGGAUCUACAUGGUCUUCAGUUUCAAAACAGAUUGACUUGAGCUGAA